AACGUGGGAGAGGCGGGCCUGGCUGCGGUUAGCUGGUGCGGAGCUCGACACCUGCCUCCUCCCGCGCCUCAGGCGUUCAUUCAUCCCCCAAAGUGGACGUGCGGGCCUGGGAACCUGUUGGACGCCUGUGCGCACAGGCGCAGUCCGCCGAGAAGGAAUCUCUAUUGGAAGCGAAAAGUCUGAUAUUCGCGGUUUUAUAAAAACCCACUGAGAGCCAGAAGAGGGGCUGGAAAAUGGUCUCCCUUAUACACACUCCUGUUCUUAGGACUCAAAAGGGCUGCGUUGUUAUUCACAAUGACAGCUCCCGGCGAGGCCGUCCGGACACUUGAGACGAACCUGCCGAGGGGAAGAGAUGAGGAGGCGCUCAGUGGAGGAGCCAAGGGAAGACCGCGUCUCUAGAAGGGAGAGGCCCGCUGCGUUGAGUGCUACUGAAAGGCCAAGUAAAAGGACAGAAAUGUGUCAGGUGGAAGCCGUUGGUGGCCUUAGCAAGAGCUGUUUAGGUGGACAGAUGGAAGCCAGACUAAAGAGAGAUGUUUAAAGUCUGAGAAUGAUUAGUGGGGAUGAAAUCUGAAGAACACAGAAGGGUGGGACAAUACUGGACCCUUGAUUCAGCUACUGAAUUGGAAAACCCUAGGCUAGUCAUUCUUUCUCCAAACAUGUCUCAUGACAGAAUGGAAGACUUUACUGAAACUAAACCUUUGGACAUUGGACCUAUGUAUUUCUUUGAUCAGAUGAAACCAAAAAGGAGAAAAUGGGAAAAGAAAGACUGUCUCCCCCAUUUGAAACACACGUCAGAAGAUAAGCUUAGUCUUCCAGAGAGUAUUCACCCUAAAGAACUAGACAAGAAAGCAAGGCAACCUAUAGAAGCUGCACUAAAGAAGAAAUAUGCAUUUCAAUCAUUUGCCAUCUCACCAACUCCUGUUGUUUCCAAGAUUCCUAUUGACAUUAAAUUCUCCAAAAUACGCAGGCAAAAGAGUCCAUUUGAAGAAUUCAAACAAACUGCUGCUGAAUUACUGUGUGAACUUGGGGAGACAUUGCAGACAUAUGCUAAGAAUAAUAUUGCUUUCCCUGUAGGAAUUGUAAAUCUUGUGAAUUACAGUUGGCUUGAUCUCAUUGAAGGAACUUAUAAAUAUGCAACCAAAAAGUCACUGUCAAAGAAACAAAAUGUCUUGCAAAGCAAUUCCAGUUCCAUGAUGGUUGACAAAAUCAACUAUCCAAGAAUAGAAUGUCAUAAGGAAAAUUAUCUGAUGAAAGCAAAAAAAGACCGCCACCAUUUUGUACCAAUUGAAAAAACAUGUAAGUAGAAAUUACUAGUUAAAUUUAUAAAUAAGAAUAAAAGUAGCAAGUGAGAUAGUGACAGAACAUUAUAUUUGGUUAUAUUAAAGUGGUAAUUUGGUUUGUGCUAAUCAUUUUAAUAGUUCAUGAAUGUCAGCAGUAAGGCACAAAUUUUCUCUUAAAUAUUUUUUAUUGA